GCGGCCGCGGCGGCUCCCGGGGCUGGGUUGUGAGGCGGUGAGCGGAGGGGGAAGAUGGCUCGUCGCGACCCGCUCUGCUAGGAAAAAGCGGGACAGGUGGUGCUGCUUUACCCGGGAGAAAGCAGAGCGGCUGCCGUCGCUGUCGCUGCGAGCCGGACAAGUCGAGGUUCUGGACGUGGAGUCUGGGAAGCCGCUCUGUUUUUGACUAAAAAAUCUGCUGCUGUGAAUGUUCCUGAACACAUCUUUCAGAGACAUAUAUCCACAUUUCUGUAAGGUUGAAGGUUUAGAACAGAUGUGGAAAGAUGUUCACUUCAGAGAAAGGGGUUGUUGAGGAAUGGUUGUCAGAGUUUAAGACACUACCAGAAACAUCUUUAUCAAAUUAUGCUACAAAUUUGAAAGACAAGAGUUCUUUAGUUUCAUCUCUCUAUAAAGUUAUCCAGGAGCCACAAAGUGAGUUGCUAGAACCUGUCUGUCACCAGCUCUUUGAAUUCUAUCGCAGUGGAGAGGAGCAGUUACUUCGAUUUACCUUGCAGUUUCUUCCAGAACUGAUUUGGUGCUACCUUGCCGUCUCAGCCAGCAGAAAUGUGCAUAGCAGUGGAUGCAUUGAAGCUCUUCUUCUAGGGGUUUACAAUUUGGAAAUAGUUGACAAACAGGGACAUAGCAAAGUAUUGAGUUUUACGAUUCCAUCUUUAUCCAAACCAUCUGUAUAUCAUGAACCUUCCAGCAUUGGGUCCAUGGCUCUGACCGAGAGUGCCCUAUCCCAGCAUGGUUUGUCAAAAGUUGUGUACAGUGGACCUCACCCCCAAAGGGAGAUGCUGACAGCACAGAAUAGGUUUGAAGUGUUGACAUUCCUUUUGUUGUGUUACAAUGCUGCCUUAACCUAUAUGCCCCGUGUUUCUCUUCAGUCACUGUGUCAAAUUUGUUCAAGAAUCUGUGUUUGUGGAUAUCCUCGACAGCAUGUAAGAAAAUACAAAGGUAUAAGUAGCAGGGUACCGGUUUCUUCAGGAUUCAUGGUUCAGAUGUUAACAGGAAUUUAUUUUGCUUUUUAUAAUGGAGAAUGGGAUCUAGCUAAAAAAGCAUUGGAUGAUAUCAUAUACAGAGCCCAGCUAGAAUUAUAUCCAGAGCCAUUGCUGGUUGCCAAUGCAAUACAGGCUUCAUUGCCUCAUGGUGCCAUGAAAUCUAGUAAGGAGGGUACAAGGUGUAUUCAAGUUGAAAUCACACCAACUUCCUCUAGAAUAUCAAGAAAUGCAGUAACCAGCAUGUCAAUAAGAGGUCAUAGGUGGAAAAGACACGGAAAUACAGAAUUAACGGGGCGAGAAGAACUGAUGGAGAUAUCUGAAGUUGACGAGGGAUUUUAUUCCAGGGCUGCGUCUAGUACCAGCCAGUCGGGUUUAUCAAACACUAGUCAAAACUGUAGUAACAAGACAAGUGUGGGAAAGACUCAGAGACGGUCAGGAGGAAACAAAGCUGGAGGAAAAGAGAAAGAAACUACAGGGGAGUCUUGCAAAGAUCACUUUGUUCGAAAACAAACUCAGAGAGCCCAAAGUGAGAAUCUCGAGCUUCUCUCCUUGAAGAGACUUACAUUAACAACCAGCCAAUCUCUCCCUAAACCUAGUAGUCAUGCUUUGGCUAAGACCGCCGCGACCGUAUUUAGUAAAUCCUUUGAACAAGUCAGUGGUGUCACAGUCCCACAUAACCCAUCGUCUGUUGUCUGUGGGACUGGGACAGAUGCCAAUAGGUUUUCUGCUUGUAGUCUCCAAGAAGAAAAGCUUAUUUAUGUUUCUGAAAGGACUGAACUUCCAAUGAAGCAUCAAGCAGGUCAGCAGAGACCUCCUAGUAUUAGCAUUACUUUGUCCACAGAUUAACUUGUCAGGGUUUUCUUACGAAACCAGUGAAUCUGGAAAUGUGACUUUGCUUCUUUAUGAAAGUUCCCAGGGUCAUCUUUCAUCCCCGUUCCUGACAGGAGCCCUGAUGUCUUAAAUUCUGAAGGCUACCUUGACUUUAUGAAGGGAAUAAUUUCUAGGUUGCAUUAAGUUGAAAUAUGGUUUUGUUAUUUCUUGGUUGUGUGUUUUCCCCUUGGCUUGAGUCUUUUUUUCUUUCUUUUUGCUUUUUCUUUCUUACUUGUUUCUGUUGCCCUAAUAUAGUCAGUGUGACAAUACAGUUUGGCAGGUUGUCUGAUCAGAUUGGUUACAUCUCAUGUAAGGUUGUGUCUUUUUCUUUAAUAACUCCUAUCUUGGUAGCUGUAUGUUUGGCCUUCAGUAUAAAAGCGAAUCUCCAUGCAUGGGAACUGUUUUUUCAAUGAUGAGGCUGAGGUACAACUCCAGAAAUUCUACAGCUGGCUGUUCAGCAAGCCAGUCUGAAAAACAGGCAUAUGAAAAAACAAAAAUGAAAUGUAUGAAAAGUGCCUGAUAAAAAUGUUUGUAACCAGAUCAUCUUUAAGAUUAGCCGAACAGGUUAUAUAAAGUACUGGAAAAUGCCUGGUAACUCAGUACCCUAAAAUAUAUGAUUCCAGGGGUUGGGAAGAGGGAUUUCCAUCGUUAUCUUUGGCACAUUUUUAUAUCAAAAAUCAGAUUGCUAGUAGAUGUGUUGGUUUGAAGUGUUUGAUCUGGAUUUAGCAGGUGAAAAUCCCUUUCAAUUCCUAAGAUGUAAUAGGCCAUAAAGCUGACUUAACCUGCUGCUGGACUUCGGAAAUCCUACUUAGUUUGGAUUCCCAUAAUUCAGAGCACACAUCAUUGAAGACUUCCUGGAAAUCACUGUAAAUUUUGCAACCCAGCUCUCAAGACACCAGUAUUCUCCAUAUUGAAUUGUUUUUCUGCAAAUGAAGGAAAUUAGGUAAAUUUUUCAUCUGUAAAAUAUCACUGAAAGAAAAUAAAAAUAGUGAAAUGUGGACAAAGGACAUUUAUAUAUUAACUAAUUUAGGGUUAUUUAUAUUUGUGUUCUUAAAUUUAAAAUUUUAAAUAUGAAUCAAAAUAUUAAAUAUGUUUCUUGUUUUGUGAAUAAGCCUAUUUUAAGUGUUCUUAUUAUGAUAGAAAGAAUAAUCAAUGUAGUUGCCCCCAACCAAACAAUAAAAAUAAAAAGGCAGUAUGGAAGAAGCUAAACAAACUUGUAUGUAGCUGUAGAGAAUCAUGUGACCUCCAGGUUCAUGUAAAAAUUUGGUGUUUGCUAGUGGUGAUCAUUUCAGCUAUGAUUGAGGUUCCUUAUAAAUCAAGUAUACUUAAGUAAUAAUCUAAGGUAAGAGAGAGAAAGCAGGUUGAGGAUGAGAGAGUAAGCUGACUGGGGAGGAAGAUCUAGGGAGCUGUCCCCUUAUUGGUGGUGAGAACACAGUGGUUUCCUUAUUCACAGUCCUUCGCCAUGCUCACACAGAGAAAAUGCUCGUUUUCCCCAUGUACCUGCGUAUGCAGAGCUCAAAUAUGUGAAAAGUUUGUAUGUCUUGAAGACUGCUAAAGCAUUUACACUAUGACUGAGCUUUGACCAUAGCUGCUCUGGCUAUCAUUUUAACUCUAAUAUUUCAAAAAGCACCAACUAGUUUCCAUUCAGUAACCCUAAAUAGAAUAUGGUUUUUAACAUAACUGAAUUCAGUUUUUUUAGUUCCAGUGAUAGAAAUGGAAUAAGAUCUAUUGGCAUACAUUGUACUUAAAAAAAAAAAAAAAAAAAAAAAGCAAA